CGGCUAUACUCAAACACGUACUCAAAGUGUCCCAUCCGUCUCGUCUAUACACACGCACACACGCGCAGACACAGCAAAAUGCACAUUGCAUGCACCGCAUGAAUCGAUCGAUUGUCAGCUACAGCACGAGCACCUCACACAGCACCUCCGCAUCAAAAGUCUGCACCACCAGAUCAGGCAGGCCACCAAAGAGAGACGGGUGGGUGCAUGGCAAGUAUGUAUGGACGUCCACACACAGGUUGGGUGGGUGCAUCAAUCGAGCCUGCCUGCCUGCCUGCCUGCACGUAUCGCACCGCACUGACUGACCUGUUGACUGGCCACAUCAAGCACCGACACACCGGACAAACCGUGCAGACCUGACACACGGACACAUCGAUACACACACGAUGGAAACAUUCGCCAUUCCCAUACGACAGACACAUACGUACCUGGUAGCAGAGCAAUGACGGGCAGUGUGAGCCUCUUGGAUGAGUUGGCGUCCACGCGGCCUAUCGACUGCACACGCGCCCACACGUCCCUCCAGGUGAAUUGAAUGCACGUGUGGGCGUCUUCAUACAGACCUGUGUGGUGGUGCCCGGCACAUGAAGGGACCCCAUUCGGUCCUGCGCAGCGCACGAGUACACACAUAUACAUACCGCACCCAAACAGACAGACAGCUGAGUGUUUGCACGAGUGUGGUGUGAGUGCAUACCUUGUUCAUAAUAACUAUGACGGUUUCCAUGUCCUUGCCGGUCCGGUUGAUCACAUCCAGCGUGAUGGGAAACGGCAGCUCCACCUGCACACACACAUGCACACACAGAGAUGCCCAUUCAUUCAUUCAUUCAUCUGUCGGUCGGUCUGUCUGUCUGUCUGUCUGUGUUGGCUCACCCCGACAGUGUGUGGGCACUCCCGCACUCUCAGCUCUAGAGGCUUCGGCUGAAUCGGCUGCAUAAACCACCAACACACACAAAGGAGGGUAUCUCUGUCCGUGUGUGUGCCUGUGUGGGAUCGUACCAUCUUCUCUAUUCUGUAUUCGUUGUGCACCCCCGGCCCGCCGGUGGAUGUGCGCCACUCGAGCAGCAGACGGCCGAUCGACGGCAAUGUCUGACACACACAUGACACACAAGUGAGAAUGAAUGCGUGCGCGUGUGUAUAUCGGUGUGUAGAUGUCGUGUGUGCGCGUGCCCGGAGGUAUGUGUCGUCGUCGCAUUUGACGUUGAAGACGGCGAAGUGGAUCUCUUUGGGCCGCACGUAACACAAAGGUGGCGCCAGCGGCCUGAAUGCCCAACAAGGGUAUUGGUGUGCAUGUCUGUGUGUGGUUGUGUACUUGUCGGCGUCAUUUCCGGCGUCCAUGACAAUGCGCGUCGCGCCUAACGUUGGCUGGGCUGCACGAAGCCACAUACGCAUCCAUUUAUCCAUCCAUCCAUCCAUCCAUCGAUCCAUGUAAGUAGUAUCUGUGUGUGUGGUGUACUAACAAGGUGUUUGUGGGCUCUCCAAAGUGAGGGCGGCAUUCGUCAGCAGAGCACCUGAUGCGUGUGCGCACCACACAACACAUUCACACGCAUACACACACCAUAGUGACAUGGCUGCAGGCAGGCGUGUACCUACCGCUUGACGAGACAUUCUCGAUGCGGCACUCCACCCACAAAUCGUCCUGUCAACACACAUACCACAUCCAUGCACCCAUCCGUGUGCAUGUGUGUGUGUGUGUGUGCCCAGGUACCGAUAUGAACUUGGUUCGGUGGGAAAUUGAGAACAGUGGGGACACUGACACCCACAGACACACACCGAUAGACAGGCCCAAUGCGUCUGUAUGCCCCUUUGCAACAGCCGCCCACCAGUGAAUCGAUAGCUCCGCCUGAGUGUCCGCUGCUCGCUCGACGACGCCGUGCGGUAGGUGCUCACAACCGUCAACACGUGCGUCAUGGCCUCGUUGACGUGGUGCAUUAUCGUGAAAUCCCUGCGCACACAAGCGACAAUCAAGCAAUCAACACACAAACCCUAAUGCACUUGUGUGUGUGUGUGUGCGAGUGCAUGCCUGUAUUCGCCAGGUCCGACUGGCCCCCUCUCUGUGGUGUCGAGCAGCAGAUACCGAGAUGACGUCACGGCCGCAUUUGGCGUGCUCCCCACCUCCACGCACACACGCACACACCAAGACACACGCGUAUCCAUCCAUCUGUGUGCAUGGUUUGCACGCACCCCCAUCUCCACGUUGACGCGCAUAUCCUCUAUUCUCUCGCUCAUAGACGUGUUGAGCAGGUGCAGGUAGGCCGUGAAGGUCUCGCCCACAUGCACCUUGCUACACACACACAGACCACGUCGAGAGUGUGUGUCAAUCGGCGAGCCGUCCAACUCACCCUUGGGAAGUGGGCAGCAUUAGGGCGUGCGCAAUGUCCAAUGACGAGAGAUCGUCACCAUGAUCAGGUGCCCCUGCUGCUGCAGCUGCAGCUGCAGCAGCAGCUGCCGGUGGUGCUGCUGGUGGUGGUGAGCCGGCCGAUUGGUCCACCUUGACACACACACAAAUAUACACAAGCGGACACAAAGAGAGAGAAUGAAAUUGCGUCUGUGUGAAUGCAUUCCAUUCAUUCACACACACACACACACAGAUACACACAGACACGCACCUCGUUGAGCACUUCGUCCAUCUGCGUGUCGAUGUGCGGCCACACAGAAGUGGUCAUCGACGGCGUCGUCAGACGCAUCACACGCUGACGCAACGCCAUAAUGCCAUGCAAGCCAAACACACACACACACACACAACACACAGAUCAGAUGAAUGAAUGAAUCACGGUCUGGCGCCUCUUUUGCUUGUGUUUGCUCACCAAUAAGAGAAUGUUCUCUCGUGGAUCUGCCAUUGUCCUGCUCACUCUCAACACACGCAGCCCCGCAACAAACACGGCGGUCGGAUCGGUCUCCUU